AUGAAUUACAUUAAUGAUGAGCUUGUAGUUAAAAAUCAUACCGACUUUAUUCUACCAACAACAAAUAAAUGCCUGCUAAGAGUUCCAAAAAUAUUAGAAACAGUUAUUAAAUUCAAGAAUCGUAAAGUAUCAUCAGGAACAUUUGAAGAUCUACCUGAAGCUUCACCGAAUAGUAAAGUACUUCAGAGUACUUUUCGAACUAAUAUAAUUUCACCUGAAGCUUUACCGAUUCAAAGGAGUGCUCGGACUAAUAUAAUUCCACCUGAAGCUUUGACAAAUGAUAAAGUACUGCAGACUAAUAUAAUUCCACCUGAAGCUUUAACAAAUAGUAGAGUGCUUCGAAGCUCUUCUCAGACUAAUCUAACACGUGCCGAUGUAAAUUAG